UUCAGUUCCCAUUUAUGUGGUGAAGUCAGUGCACAGCAACAUUGUACCCUGUCAGAGAACCCAUAGGAAAGAGGGAGCACUAACUGAGAGCUUCAGGAUCCAGAUUAUCAGGGUGCCCUGUUUAAAUGAUGGACGGCUAUGUCAUAUCAUCUGCCCCUGAGGAAAUCAUUCCAAAUGAGCCAGAGAGUUAUCGUCCACCUGCAGAGCUGUACGCGUACCUGACUAAUGUGGGUGAGAUAUAUGAAGACCACAGAUGGACAUUUCACCCUGAGCGCCUCCACCCUCUGGAGCAUGACAGUUCAUCAGCAAAUCACCUCACAGAGCUUCAGUCUUUGACGCCACAACAACUGAUACCACCGUACCGUUUCAGCAGCGAGUGUCUGCCCCUACACCUGGACCCUCCACUCACACCCCUCUCUGUAUCCCCACAAAUCCCUUAUUUUGCUCCUUCACUGUGCUACCCGUACCAACCCUCAUCCUCCUCACCCGGCCAUGACUGCUCAGAGGAAGAACAAAGAGGAAUCAGUCCCCCACUAGAGGUAUCAGAGGGAGAAGAUGAAGGUCAUAACCAUUCUUCCCUCAGAAAAGACAGCAGCAACAAGAGGAAACUGCGCCUGUAUCAGUUCCUCCUGGAUUUGCUGAAGAAUGGUGACAUGAGUGAUAGCAUCUGGUGGGUGGACCAGGACAAGGGCAUCUUCCAGUUCUCAACUAAACACAAAGAAGCUCUUGCUAGCCACUGGGGCAUUCAGAAAGGAAACCGCAAGAAAAUGACGUAUCAAAAAAUGGCUCGAGCGCUUAGGAACUAUGGUAAAACUGGGGAGAUUAAAAAAGUGAAGAAGAAACUCACCUAUCAGUUCAGUGAGGAAGUUCUAAGGAACCUCUAUUUGCAUCAGUAUUGCCACUGAAUGUUUUUUUUAUUAUUUUAUUUUUAACUAUAAAUAGAAUCACUAAAGUUUAAAUCUGCCUGUAUAUUUAGCAGUGUUUUUACCAAGUUUCCUCACAUAUUUAUUAGAAAUGCCGGGGGGCUCCAUUGUGGAAUUUGCAAACUGAACUAAAGUGGUCACCUUAGUGGAUCACCUAUCUGCUUGUUUUUUUUCUCUCUAAAGUAACACCAACCAUCUUUAUCUAUCUAUGUACGUCUUAAAAGAAAUCAACUUUGCAACUCAAAAUUUAUCCUAACAAUACUCAACCUCACACGUCCCUGGUGUGUUCAUUUGUAAUCUAUUCCAUCUCUCCCAAUUAAACUUAGUGGUUUCUAACCUG